CUUAGGCUUUAUGGAGGGACAGCAUAAAGCAGAUGAAAUACAAAGCAGCAGAUUUGAAAUCUGAGCAACAGAACUCGGAAGCCCCAACCCAGCUCGACUUAACUCAUCUUCAUCAAACUGAAUCCCAGACUCCAGGCUUCCUGUGCUUGCUACAGCUCUCUGCUCCUAGAACCCUCUUCAAUUCCAGCUACAAUGUUGUGUCAGGCAUUUCGCAGAUUUGGUCAAAAACUGGUUCGCAGACUUCCUAAGGAGCAACAGAGACCUGAGACCGACACUGCCAUAAGCCUGAGCACUCUGGAUUUAGUGGUGCUGAGUGUAGACCACAUAUUGGGCGCAGGUGUGUAUGUCCUGGCUGGUGAGGUGGCCAGCAAUCAAGCAGGACCAUCUUUUGUGAUCUGCAUUUUGGUGGCUGGCCUAUCUUCUGUAUUGGCUGGGCUGUGCUAUGCAGAGAUUAGUUCUCAGGUUCCCCAUUCUGGCUCUGCAUAUCUUUACAGCUUUAUCACUAUAGGCGAAAUCUGGGCUUUCAUCACUGCCUGGAACCUCAUCUUCUCCUAUGUUGCUGAUACAGCCAUGGUGGCCCUGACAUGGAACUUAGCUUUUGAUUACCUGCGUGAGAACAGGAUCUCUCAGACCCUGCAUGAGAACAUUGCACCACACGUUUCCCGUGUCCUUACAGAAUAUCUAGAUUUCUUUGUUGUGGGCCUUGUGUUGUUCCUCAUGGAACUGCCGACUCUGAGGAUUAAUCACUUUCUCCUGGUUAGCAGAGCAGUCACAAUGUUGAAACUUUUGAUUCUUAGCUUUAUCAUCAUCACUGGCUUCAUUAAAGGGGACCUGCACAACUGGAAGCUCACAGAAGAGGACUACGUAAAGGCUGGACUCAAUGACACCUCAAGCUUGGGCCCCCUGGGCUAUGGAGGAUUUGUGCCUUUUGGCUUUGAAGGGAUUCUCCGUGGUGCAGCUACCUGUUUCUAUGCAUUUAUUGGUUUUGACAAUAUUGUUACCAGAGCUGAGGAAGCCCAGAAUCCCCAGCGUUCCAUCCCCAUGAGCAUUGUGGUUUCACUGCUCAUCUGCUUUUUCGUGUACUUUAGUGUCUCUGCAGCACUUACACUUAUGUUGCCUUACUACAAACUUCAACCUGGGAACACCUUGCCUGAAGCAUUUCUCCAUAUUGGCUGGGCCCCUGGCUACUACGUUGUUACCUUUGGAUUUUUCUGUAGUCUUUCUGCACGCAUCUUGGGCUUUAUGUUACCCAUUAAGCAGUUGAUAUACAAGAUGGCAACAGAUGGCCUCCUGUAGUGCCUGUAUGCUGGCACAUACACCCCCAUCAUGGCCGCUGUGAUCUUUGGAAUUAUUGCAGCCAUCAUGAUAUUCCUCUUUAAACUCACAGAUCUCUUGGACCUCAGGUCAAUUGGGUCCCUGAUAUCUCAUUCUCUGGUUGCUCUUUGUGUUCUCAUCCUCAGGUAUCAGCCUGAGGUGAAGAAUGGGGCAAAUGAAGCAGAGAUGCAGGAGGAGAAUGGACCUUCAGCAGAGAGGCUGACUCUACAGCGACUACUUUUUCCAGGCAGUUCCACCCCCACUCCACUCUCUGGCUGGGUUGUCCGUGUUUGCUCAUUACUGCUUGUUCUGCCGCUCACUCUUCUUUGCCUGGUGCUGGCCCAGUGGCCAGUCCUGCUUUCUGGAAACCCAGUGUGGAUUUCACUGGUUGUGGUGCUCCUGGUGUUCAUCACUGGGCUCACUGGGGUCAUCUGGAGACAGCCACAGAGCUCCAGUCGCCUUCACUUUAAGGUCCCUGCUGUGCCUUUCCUCCCGCUACUGAGCAUCUUUGUGAAUGUUUGCCUUAUGAUGCAGCUGACAGCUGACACCUGGGCCCCUGUUGGUAUCUGGAUGCUGAUUGGGUUUGCUAUCUACUUUGCUUAUGGGAUCCAGCACAGCCUAGUUGCUUAAUUCCACUUAAAUUUGGGCCAUGAUUUUAUAUACUGCAAUUUUGCUGAAUUCACGUAUCAGUUCUAACAGUUUUUUUU